AUGAAUGCCUCUGACCGCGACGAAGUCGCUCAGAGCAUAGGACCUCUCGCGAAAGCAGUUUUCCCACGUGCCUCGGGCCUAUGCAUAAACGGACUCGCGCCCAGCAUAGCCAGCCUUCGCCCCUCUCAAAGUCGCGCCACUACCUCUAAUCUAGACAUUAUCCGCAUGAUUGCCUACUGUAACGAAGCAUGCGCCGGUCAUCCAGCCAUUCCCGACGCUGUCGUCACUCCGGAAUUGACGCCCUGGCAGCCGGACUGUGGUCAUCCGAGGGUCAAAACUCUUUCCCUCUAUUGUCCUAUCCUUCUGCAGAAUACAUUGUUCCUAACAAUCAGGCUUGCCCACCGUCUUUGCACCUCACCUAAAGCAAUCAACGGCCUGGAAGAUCGCAACACUUAG